AUGGAGGAGUUACUGAUUCCCACGGACGGCGAAGAAUCAAACUCCAACCACACGUACUUCUCUCCGACAGACUCCGGGAUAAGCUUGCUGGAAUGGGCGAGAGGUUUCCUCAACGGAACGUCGUCGGUGAGCUUCAGACAGUGGCUGAUAAAGUACUGCAAGCGCAAUGGAUUGUUGGCGCUCUCCGUCUUGGCAGUGCUGACUGGCUGUGUACUGGGCUUCAUGUUAAGGGAUCAAAAUCUCUCCACUCAGGCUAGAAUCUACUUUUCUUUCCCCGGUGAACUCCUCAUGAGGAUAUUAAAAAUGCUCAUCCUUCCCCUCAUCACAUCAAGUCUAAUGUCAGGCCUGUCGUCGAUGGACUCCAAGGCGUGUGGACGCAUGGGCCUGCUCACGGUCACGUACUACCUGUGGACCACGUUCAUCGCCGUGGUCGUAGGGAUCCUCCUGGUCAUCAUCAUCCAGCCAGGCACGGGCACCGAGAUGGAGGGCCACAGGCUGGGGGGAGGGCCCGUCAUGACCUCUGCCGACGCUCUGCUUGAUCUCAUCAGGAACAUGGUCCCAGCUAAUCUGGUUGAAGCAACAUUUGAGCAGUACAGCACAGAUUUAGUGCCGAUGGUCAAGGGCACAACCAAGACGAUAGAGUCCAACUACGUCUACAUCAUGCCCGACGAGAACAACCCCAAAGUGGGUCGGCCCGUGUUUCUGGAGCUGACCCCGGCUCCGCAGGUUCUGUACAAGAGCGUCCCCGGCAGCAGCAAACAGAUGAACGUGCUGGGAAUCGUCAUCUUCUCCGCCACCAUGGGUCUGCUGUUGGGGAAGAUGGGGGAGAGAGGUGCCCCUCUGAUCAACGUGUGCCAGUGCAUCAACGAGUGUGUGAUGAAGAUUAUUAACGCAGCGGUGUGGUACUUUCCCUUCGGGAUAAUCUUCCUCGUGGCGGGGAAGAUCCUGGACAUGCACGACCCCUCCAGCAUCGGGCAGAAGCUGGGGAUGUACACGCUGACGGUCCUGGCCGGGCUCUUCAUCCACGGCCUCAUCCUGCUGCCGCUCUUCUACUUCCUGUUGACCCGGAAGAACCCCUUCACCUUCAUCCGGGGUCUGCUGCAGGCGCUCGUCAUCGCCCUGGCGACCUCGUCAAGCUCUGCCACCCUGCCGAUCACCAUGAAGUGCCUCCUGGAGAACUGCCACGUGGACCGGCAGAUCGCCCGCUUCGUGCUGCCGGUGGGCGCCACCAUCAACAUGGACGGCACGGCGCUGUACGAGGCCGUGGCCGCCAUCUUCAUCGCGCAGGUCAACGACUACGAGCUGGACUUCGGCCAGCUGGUCACCAUCAGCAUAACCGCCACGGCCGCCAGUAUCGGGGCGGCCGGGAUCCCGCAGGCCGGCCUGGUAACCAUGGUGAUCGUGCUGACGUCAGUGGGCCUGCCGCCGGACGACAUCACCCUCAUCGUGGCGAUCGACUGGGUGCUAGAUCGUUUCCGGACAAUGAUAAACGUGCUGGGGGACGCCUUGGCUGCCGGGAUCAUCGCUCACCUGUGUCGAAAAGACUUCCCCACGCCUGAGGAAACGCCAAGCAGGUCCCAUGGCAUGAGGAAUGGGCAAAACAUACCCAUGACGGAGGUGCCCCUUUUGGCCAGCAAGGACUGCAUUUUCGAGGUGAUCGGGGACACGGUGAUAGAGAGACCCACGGUCUACUACAACAUCUGCCAAGUCUGA